CCAAUAGGACGAGGAAAUCCGAUCGCAGUGUCAGUUGGUAAGCUUUUAGGAGGAAGCGUCACCGAACAGUGUACCAAAAAAGUUUUUAGGAUGGCAGACCAAGUUUUGGACGGAGGCUCCUGGACAGGAUGUGCUGUUCUGUUUCUGCGGUCGCUCUGUCCGGAUGCAAACCUGCCCUCCCUCUACAAGGACCAGCAGAGGAAGUUCAUCAUUUUUAAACUCAUCAAAUUGACACUGAUAGAUUCUGCAGGUGGUCUGGACGGGUACGAGAUACUAAAGAUUCAUGAUGCCGAUCCCUUCCUCGCAGUAGAGGUGAAGUUUAUGGAUGUAGUAGUGUGUCAGCAGUUCCUGAAGAGCUACAACUCUGGAGCGCUGUGUCAGUCCAUCUCUCAGCACGCUUGUCGGCUCCUCGUUCUGGCACAAGAUUUCAGGAUAGAGACCCAGCUCAAGGCCGGAACGCACAUCUUGGAUCGAUGUUUGGACGAGCUCGAGUUUUGUCUGCAUAAAAUUCACCAGUCACACCCCGAGCGCUUGCGUGAUGAAGAAGUUGAUCAGCUUGAUAUGCAACUGGAGCUUGAGGUCAAGGGGCCUUCUCCACACCAGGAGAUCCCGUUCACCCAGCAAAUCCCCAGCAACUGCUUCAGAUUUCAGAAUAAAAUUUUGGAGGAUCGAAUGCUGACGACAGCAGAUGUUCAGAGCUUCGCUAAUGGAGUGGGCCGUCAGUGGAAGCACGUGGGGAGGACCCUGGGGAGGGACUGCUGCGCUCUGAGGGAUACGGCCAUUGACAACCUGGCCUACGAGUACGCCAGAGAAGGCCUUUACGAGCAGGCCUAUCAGCUCCUCAGCCGGUUCCUCCAGGCGGAGGGGAGGGCGGCCAAGCUGAGCCGGCUAGUCAAAGCGCUGGAGGAAUGCAAACUCACCAGCCUGGCCGAAUCCAUUCUGGAAGAACAGCCGUGAAACUAACGGCGGGCGCUUUUUUGGUGGCGUUUAAACACGGAGGCGCUCGCCAAGGGGGGCGUGCUUCGCCUCUGUUGACUUUGUCUUUCCUGCUUUUACAUACAGGAUGUCUAAUAUUCUGAAAUGGUUGAAAUUUUUCCUGUGUGCAUGUGAAUUUCUGAUCAUAAGUUUGACCUCAAAUUGCAAUUUCCUUCUCUUUGUAAUUGAUUACAGAUAUUCAUCACAAAGGUCUAAGUUGGUACUGUAAAAUACAGUAAAGCUAGGUCAAUCUACAUUAUUAACAAUCUAAAAAUUUUCACUCAAUUUUCUACUUUCAUAAUAAAUCUUAAAGCCUAAAUUGACUCGUCAAAUGGCAACUUUUCAUACAACACAAUUGCAGAGGUAGGGCUUGGGUAUUUUUUUUUUUUUUUACAUCACAGAUGGUAUAUCCUACCUCACAGGUAGAUUCUCUGCACUAUUUCAAAUGUUUUCACAUUUAGUUUUACUUUACAAGUUCUACACAUGGAAACUGUUGGUGCUCCUUUCUCAUUGCUGCCCAAUUGAAGGUUAUUGAUUUGUUUUUCAAAAUAAGUGCUUGCAAAACAAAUGCUUAAAAAUAUUUUUGUAUGUUUGUGUUAGAUGCAUUAGUACAGAAGUGGAAAAUGUCCUCCCACUCUGUAUUAAGUACAGAAAAAAACAAGUCUGCUAAAAGCCCUGUAAAGUGAAUCUAUGAAUAUGUUUCUAAGUACAUAAAAUACGUCCAAAGAUAAUUACAAA